GGGGACUAUCGACUGUUACGCAUAUGAACACGGUGGAUAAAUGUAAUGCCGUAUUAGAAAAUCAUGCGUUGAAUACGGCGUGACACAUUCGAAAACAAUGAUAGUUUCAGGACGUUAACUAUAAGCUCGUAAAUUUAAACAGAACGCGUGACAUUAGAAAAGUAUAUAUUCCACCAAACUCUAACCAUAUUAUUUAAAUAUUAAAUUCAUCCUUUUUACCUAUCUUUAUAGUUUAUUCACAAGAUUUGUCGUUUAAAACUUUCGCUUUUUUUGCACUUUUCUCCGUGAUUCUGCUCUGUUCUGUUCAAGAACCUUCCUCAUCUCCCCGUCUAUCUCAAUAUUUUCAAAUAUACAAUCUCUUUAAAAAAAAAACAUCCCUUGAAACCUCAGUUUGCAUAUUCUUCUUGUCAGUGGCUACGAUUGGCUGGAUUCUAUUUAUCUGACAUUUUUCUAAUUAGCCUUUUUGGAUUCUCUCUUUGCUUUGCUUCAAAGCUUUCUCCCAAAAAACACCCUAAUAAUCCGUGAUUAGAGCGAUUUAUCGUCAUUUUGUUUUAAUAUUCAGGGGUUAUUAUUUGGCAAAACAAAAAUCAGAAAUUAAAGUACGGUUUCUAACGUUGUCGACUCAGACCAAGAUUUUGAUGUUGGAGAAGAAGCUGAAUCUGAAGUAAUUGACAAUGACUUCUCCGUUUAGUUCCAAGAAUCUAAGACUCUUUUCAAAAUCCAUCACUUGCAAAUGCCUUGUUCUUGUUGGCAUUGCUCUGUUCUACAAAGCUCUGUUUCUCACUUACUCUCCCAGUAGCUUCUUGUUUCGAGCCCGUUACAUGUCAGACUCCUCCUCCUCAACAGCUGGAGUCAGAACCCACAAGUUCCUCGAGGUUCCUCAGAUCGUAUGGGGACUAAACAACCAGAAGAUAGCUUUCGCAAGAGCUUGCUUGACCGCAAGAACCAUGAACAGAACGCUUCUAAUGCCUAGCCUAAGCGCUUCCUUGUUCUACAAGGAAGUAGACAAGCUCCGUCCCAUCCCCUUCGAUAAAGUCUUCCAGUUCCAAAGAUUCAACUCUCUCUGCAAAGGGUUCGUGCGGCUCGCUCGGUUCUCCGACGUUAGAAACACAACACAUUCGUUUGACCUAGAGAAAGGCAGUGGAAGGAGGUGGACAGUGGAGAGAGACUUGCAACAGCUGAAACAGUCCGCAACUAAUGAGUUUGAAGUGGUCCGUGUCGUAGGAAAGAACCCUUUCUUGUGGCAUGAUCACUGGCCUGUUAAGGACUAUGCUAAGGUCUUUGAGUGUAUGGUUGUGGUUGAUGAGAUCUCGAGAGAAGCAGAUAAAGUGGUGACGAGAAUCAGACAAGGAGGGGGAGAUAAUAGAAUCAGGACGGGUCUUGUCCCUUUUGUUGCGGUUCACAUGAGGAUAGAGAUAGAUUGGAUGAUACAUUGUAAGAAGCUAGAGCAAAGGCUAAAGGUUUCAGAGAUUUGUAGUAGUAAAAGAGAGAUCAUGGAGAGAGUAGGGAACAUAUCUGGUUUAAAGACUCCAACAGUUCUUUACCUAGCAGUAGCUGAUAGUCUCUUAGAUGAAAAAGACAAAGAAUCAUCGGUCUUAACCGGUUGGAGAGACGGUUUAGUACCUUAUGAGAAGAAGAAGCUUGGGGUUAAAGAGGAGGUUUAUGGGAAAUAUUCUUAUUUGAUACAGUCUGCUAUUGAUUAUGAGGUGUGUUUAAGAGCUGAUGUGUUUGUUGGUAAUAGCUUUUCGACUUUCUCUAGUCUCAUUGUUCUUGAGAGGACUCAGAAGAUGAGAAGGUUAGGGUUUGUGAGUUCUUGUGAAGAUGGUGAGAACGAGUGGAGAUCAUAUGCAUAUAAUCUUGCUGGAGGAUCAAAGGGAGUUCCAAGGAGAUGGAUGACUAAUAUGACUCAUUCUAGUUUGGAGGCUAUUAGCUAUGGCUCUAGUUCUGUUUCUUGUUCAAGUGAGUGAAGUUGUGAAACUUUAGAGUUAGGUUUUGGUCUUUUUAACAAUUCUUUUAUUUUUUUUGUGGUACAAAGUUGUGUAGUUACGUCUUAGAUCUUUCUUUAAUUCUGACUUCUACUGGUAAUUAUUGAGAGUAAACAAAAUGAAAUUUAUAGAAAACAAUCCUUUAAUUCUUAAA